CUGGUGAGUCAGUGGUUUGUAGGGAAAGUAUGAGUAUUUGUAAUGUUUUCAUUACAUAAUGGCAUAUAAGAUCGAAAGAUUUCGAAGAAGGAACUUGAAAAGACAUUGAGUUAGUCCACACACUUUCUCUAGAUUCAGCUCUAUUAUACUUGUCGAGUUAGAAGUAUGCAUAUGACAACUUGACCGAUCUUGACCAUCUUGACAGCCACACUGACACUUAGCUGAAUUGGUAGAAUGCCUACACAAAGGGCUCUGCAUUUGCAAUGAAAUAAAUCUAGCUGAAGCAAAUGGAUCAGCCAAGAGGUUCACAGGCACCAGCACAGCACACAACACAUAGUGAAGCAAAUUCCAAUCCCAGGCCAGAAGGCACAUCUGCAGCCCCAUGUAGCAGCGUCCUCUUCCGUGAGAUUCAUAAAAAUGCUUGGCUUAAAAGAUUACCAUCUAUGGAUAAGAAAUCCACAGGGGCUUUUCCAAAGAAAGGGGAGCGUGUGUGGGUUGUCUUCUGUGUUCAUGAUGAUGCAGAACCUUUCCUGGAAGUUUAUGUGGAUCAAAAUGUGGCAGUUACACACAAACCUGACUGGUGUGUGUUGCUCAACAACUGUUUACAUGUUUCACCGACCAUAUGUGCCCAAGAAGAUGAAUAUGAAUUUGUUGUGACAUUGAGUUCAGAUGUAGUGCGGUUUACUGCACCAUCUUGGGAAUUGAUGAUGGAGUGGGUUGAAACAAUCAGAUCAAAGUUACGAGAGAUGCGAAUUCUAUCACCGAGAGAGAACCUGUACACAAGACUGCCUGAGGCACGACUUCCACUGGCUCCAACACGGGAUCCAAACUCUCCACUUCCUCCCCCACCUGCUGGUCCUUCAGUGGUUGUACCAGGUGUUGAACAUGUGCAAUCUGAGAGUUCAGAUGGCAGCUCCAGCUCAACAGGCUCCACUGAGGCAAGCAACAGUGUAGAAUCUUCUUCAGAUGAGAAUGCACCGCCAGCACAGCCCUCAGGAUGUGAUAAUAUAAGCCUGCAGAUCAGGGCUUCUACCACAUCACUGUACAUCACACAGUCAGAGCCUCCAGUUUACACCAGGCCUCAUCGGAUUUUGAAUAGAGCAGCUUCAGUUCCUGAAUCUCCAGUUCUCUUCAGUUCUUCCUUAAUGUCAAGAGAAUCCGGUCCUGACAAUAAUGUUACAGUCAUUGAAGUAAGCACUCCGCAGCAUGCUCAUUCAGCUGUACCAUUGGACUACCAGGGAGUUUUCAAUUUUAAUUUUGUUGAGGAUGCUUUGGCCUCAUUACCGGAUUCUGUACCUACAGGUAGUUCUACAUUCCAUGAAAACUUGGAUUUCAGAGAAGAUAUGGAAUUUAAUGAAACUUCGUAUACACCCCCAGUAACACCACCUAGAACAGUGGAGAGGCAGCUUCAGGUGGUUCAGAGUGUGCCUACAGAACAGGGUUUUACAAGUAGUAAUGGUAAUCUUGAUAACAGCCAAAUAGAGGUCACUGAUUUUGGCAACAGUUACUAUGAAUGUGUGUUCCUUCCAAAUGUAGCUCAGUCUCCUCAAUCAUUAGAGUCCCCUGUCAGCAAUUCUGCUGCCAGAAACCUACCUGGAAAUGAGGUAGAGGUGGCACCAAGACCCAGUGAGACAUCUUCAGUUAGAAAUGCUGUUACAGAGGUCAGAGGUCAAGGACCAGUUACUUUCACAGAGCCAGCCCUUAGCAACAUUCAGCAGAGGAGAAGACACAGGAGUUCUUCAACUUCAGAAGCUACAUCAUCAUCCUCAACAUCAUCAGGUGCUUCUCAUGCACUUCGUGUUGCAACUGUGGCUGGUGCAGAGAGAAAUAGAGUUGUUGCACAACAGGCUGAUGUUGAGAGAAGACUGCAACCUGCACCUCAUCCCUAUCGACAAGCUCAGCAAGCGUCUCCGGGUGCUAAUGUGGAAGUAAUGGGUUCACGACGACGCACACUUAGAGAGCAGCAAGUAGUUCAGCUACGUAGAGAGAUGCUACAUCCUGGUGGUGUUCGUCUGCAACUACGACGUAAGGAUUGUACUGGUUCUAUAGCUCUGGUGGAUGCAUUUGGUGCAGUAUGGAUUACUGGCUGGAAGCAGCGGGAGCACCCAAUGCUGUACAAUGCCCUCCACAUUGGUGACCAACUGUUGAGCGUUGCAAGUGUUGUGGUUCAGAGUGCGUCUGAUGCACAGAAGUUGAUUCGAGGUGCUACAAGUCUGUAUGUUGAAUUUAUAAUACGUCGGGUUCCAUUCGGACGUGUAUUUGCAAUCCGACGAGAUGUGGAAGGUCAAAGCCUGGGAAUCACACAAGAAGGUAAUACAGCAGAGAUCCGUGAUGUCAUGCCAGGAGGACUUGCAGCUUGUCAUGGACUUGCUCCUCGGGCACAGACAUGUGAUGGGCUCUCACUGACCAAUUGGGUUAUCACUGAAAUCAAUGGGCGGCCACUUAAUCUGUUCUUCAAAGAUGGAGAAGUACGGGAUCGUUUAAAUGCUGUAGGAAAGGAUAUAUCUAUUCUUGUGCAACCGUUUGAUCUAAUAAAGCAAUUGAAAAAGCAGCUAAAAGCUUUGCGAAGCUAUAAGGAAUAUAUUGUGCAAUAGUGGCUAUAAAUUAAUAGAUUAAGAAUAAUUUUGAUACAAAAAUUAAUCAUUUUAACAGUAAGGAAGACUAGGAAAACGCUUUAAGCUCAUAUGCUGUAACAGUAUAAUAAUUUACUCUAUAUUCUACUCAGUUAUAUACUACAGAAACAAGGUCUGUAAUUUCACCUUAAGAGUUAGUUGUUUCCUGCUAUAUGAAAUUUGCAAAGAAUCCUUAGGGACUGAUGAUUUUGUACACCUUGUGACAUUUUUUUUUUUUCACUCUUGACCUCACAUUAAGACUUUUAUUAGCCAUAACAAAUGUCAUUGUUUCAUAAAACUUAAUGCAGGAAAAUUCUUAAUUUACUAGACAGUGGGUUUUUGGCCUUUCCAGAAUAUCAUAAACAUGUACUUUACCCAUAUGAGGCAGCUUCAUGACCCACAGGUUGAAAGUCACAGAAACUUCCAGAAAACUAUCCUCAAGGCAUCUGAACAAGUAAAUGGUAUUGCAUGAUCUGGUAAGCUGAAAGUGUCCUUUCAUUAUUAAAAUAAAAUAAAUCAAUCAUAAAAAAUGGCAGAAGUCCUGCAAUAAAUUAAUUAAUUCCUUUUUCAAUCUUUUGAUAUAAUCUAAAAUAAAAAGGAGAAACCAGACAGCCACUUGAUGUUCUGAAUAUUUGUUUUCACUUUCUUUUUGAUUCUACUGUCAUCUUCUUUGUGAUAUCACCACAAUUUGAGGACUGGUGUCGCAUCCCAGUCUAUUUCAAAGAUUUCUCCAAAACCUUUAACGUGUGAUAAGAAAUAUUCUCAAUUAGCAGUGCCAUUUCUUUGUUAAUGGCUAUACUGUUCAUUAAGCUGAAAACCCUUUCAACUUCUGCAAUAACCACAACAACUUUCAUUAUUGUCUUGGUUUCUUUAAUUGUUUGGAGAGUCUGAGUG